UUACGAGAUUUGAAAAUUGAAGCAACGAAGCGUCGCUCUCUGCACCUCUGAACAAGGUGGAAGAGCAAUAAAUAAUGCAGCGACGUUGAUAAAAGUUGAAAUAAUCAGAAGCAAGAACCAAGGCAACGUUGAACGAAUCAAAUCUAUAUAUAUAUAUUUAUUGUUGCAAAGGAGAGUUUUCUGCUAGGGUUUAUGUUGUAUUAUGGUUGAGAUUGGUCGGAGGUUUGAGUCUGAGGAAAUGGCUAAUCCAAGAUGUUACCUGGAUAUUAUGAUAGGAGAGGAACUGGAAGGGAGAAUUGUGGUGGAGGUUUACAGUGAUGUUGUGCCUAAAACGGCUGAGAAUUUCAGGGCGCUUUGUACUGGAGAGAAGGGCAUUGGCCCUCACACUGGCUUUCCCCUGCAUUUCAAGGGAGUUCCCUUCCAUCGUGUUAUCAAAGGUUUUAUGAUACAAGGUGGUGACAUGUCUGCUCGCAAUGGUACAGGAGGCGAGUCAAUCUAUGGAUUGAAAUUUGAGGAUGAAAACUUUCAGCUGAAGCAUGAGCGUAAAGGAAUGCUGUCAAUGGCAAACUCUGGACCUAACACAAAUGGUUCACAAUUUUUCAUCACAACAACAAGGACUUCCCAUCUGGAUGGGAAGCAUGUUGUCUUUGGGAAAGUGAUUAAAGGAAUGGGAGUUGUGCGUGCAAUUGAGCACACUCCCACAGAUAGUACUAAUGAACGCCCCACAGUUGAUGUUGAAAUUGCAGAUUGUGGGGAGAUUCCAAGAGGGGCAGAUGAUGGAAUUUCAAAUUUUUUUAAGGAUGGCGAUUUAUAUCCAGAUUGGCCGGCUGAUCUUGAUGAGAAAUCAGAAGAAAUUUCAUGGUGGAUGAAGGCAGUGGAUUCUGCUAAAAGUUUUGGAAAUGAGAACUAUAAGAAAGGGGAUUACAAAAUGGCUUUAAGAAAGUAUAGAAAGGCAUUACGCUAUUUGGACAUUUGCUGGGAGAAAGAGGAUAUAGAUGAUGAGAAAAGCAAUUAUCUAAGGAAGACAAAGUCACAAAUCUUUACAAACAGUUCUGCUUGCAAGCUGAAGUUAGGAGAUUCAAAAGGUGCUCUUUUGGAUACUGACUUUGCAAUGCGUGAUGGUGAGGAUAAUGUGAAAGCCUUAUUCCGUCAGGGUCAGGCACACAUGGCUCUAAAUGAUGUAGAUGCAGCUGUUGUAAGCUUUCAGAAAGCUUUGCUAUUAGAACCCAAUGAUGCGGGGAUCAAGAAAGAACUUGCCAUUGUCAAGAAGAAGAUAUUUGACAGGCAUGCACAGGAACGGAAAGCCUAUGCAAAGAUGUUUCAAUGACUGAAUUUUAUAGAAGUAUGCUUUAGGUAGACCGGGCCAGGAAAAGUCCAGGUCCAGAACAGCCAUAUGCAACAAUUUAUAUUUUCAACAAAUUUCUUGGGAUUCUGCAACAGACGUGCUGAAUAAGUUAGAAACCAAGACAGACAAAAACUGCAGAAAAAAAUAAUAGAAACAACUUGAAAUUGACCAUAAAUGUUAAUCUGUAAUUAUGAUCAAUACCCUUUUUGACAAUGCCUUGCAAGAUCACCAGAGGGAUGAAGUACUUGGCUUUGAAAGAGUACAUCAUGAUAAAUUUUCUAUAAUUUGUUGAACGUAGGCAAUGGUUUUUGGACUUGAUUUUCUUUUUGACGGGAACAGGAUUUCUCUAGAUUUUACACGGUGUGGCACAAUCUGAACAAGACUGAUAGUAUUGGCAUCAGCUUGAUUGAAUUUUCCUUGAUUGCUAGCAUUUUCUAAAUUUUUUCACCGGACAUAAAUUCAAGCCAGAGAGUAAUUGGUGGUUAUAGUCUGGUUACAAAGCUCAGGAACCAGUUCGGAACUGUAAUGCAUUAACAUCAAUUCAAGAAACUCAUGUAUACAAGAGGAGCAUUCUUUUGAACCAAAAUAUUUGAUACUGGUAUUCCUUGCAA